UACACCUAACAAUUCAGUUGCCGAGCUAUUAGAUACCGGAAAUCUUGAAUUCAAAGUGCUAAAUGAUGACUUGAAGUUGGUAUGGCAGAGUUUCGAUCACCCAACCGAUACUUUCCUUCCAGGAAUGAAGAUUGGUGGAAGUACAGCAACCGGAAAGAAGCUAGAGCUUACGUCGUGGAAAAGCGAAUCCGAUCCUUCAACAGGGAUAUUUUCAGCUGGGCUGGAGUUUCUAGAUGAUAAUCAUCCUCAGCUGGUCAUCUGGAGAAAUGGGUCUAAGUUUCGACUUUGGCGAAGUGGUCCGUGGAAUAAUAUAGUAUUCAUUGGCGUAGCUGAGAUGACAUUGGCUAGUGCGUUAUAUUCCUCUAAUGAACAAGAUAAUAUGUAUUUGAGCUUCAGAGAUGUUAAUAACCAGAACCCGCGAUACGUGUUGGACCAACAUGGAGCAUUCCAUGGAAAGGAAUGGGAAGCAAAUCUGAAUAACUGGUCUGAAUUUUGGUCAUCACAAAGUAAUAUUUGUGACACUUUUGGAAUGUGUGGUCCUUUCGGUAGUUGCAAAUCUUCUAAUUCGCCAAUUUGCAGUUGUCUGUCAGGAUUUAGACCCAAGUUUGAAGAUGAAUGGAGUAAUGGAAAUUGGUCAGGUGGGUGUGUCAGGAUUACGCAAUUGGAGUGCCAAAAUACCAGCUUAGGGAAUUCAGAUGGUUUCAAAAGAUUGGAAAGCAUGAAAAUACCUGAUUAUGCUUCCCUGUCACUUGUAAUACAGAUGGAGAAUUGUAAAAAGAUAUGCUUGAAGAACUGUUCGUGCUUAGCUUAUGCGCAUGAUAGUGGUAUUGGGUGCAUGACAUGGGGUGGAAAUUUGGUUGACAUACAACAGUUUACUCAACGUGGUACAGAUCUUUACGUUCGCUUAGCUCAUUCAGACAUUGAUGUUGCGCUAAAUAACAGUACAGAUCCUGCUCGAUCGGACAAGUAUACUGCUCCAAAAUUAGUUAUUGCAAUUGCUGUAGUCCUUGUAGGAAUACUUGCCAUCAGCAUUUCCACGUACUUCUUUCGGAAGGGGUUGGCAAAACAAAGAUGUAUAGGGAACAUUGCCUCUGAUUUGGACAAUAUUCACGAAGAAACUCCAGAAACUUCCGAUCAAUUGAAAGUCUUCAAAUUUCAAGAGCUAGCAAUUGCCACAAAUAAUUUUUGUGGAGCUAAUAUGCUUGGCCAAGGUGGAUUUGGGCAAGUAUACAAGGGUAUGCUAUUAGGUGGACAGGAAAUAGCCGUGAAAAGGCUGUCUAAGGGUUCUAUACAAGAGUUCAAAAAUGAAGUUAUAGUUAUCUCAAAAGUUCAGCACAGGAAUCUGGUUAGACUAUUAGGUUGUUGUCUCGAGGGGGAAGAAAAGUUGUUGAUUUAUGAAUACAUGCUUAAUAAAAGCUUGGAUGCCUUCCUUUUCGAUCCAACAAAACGGGAACGCAUAGAUUGGAGAAAGAGAUUUCAAAUCAUCGAAGGGAUAAGCCGGGGAAUGUUGUACCUACACAGAGAUUCUAGACUGAGAGUCAUUCAUAGAGACCUUAAAGUUAGUAACAUUCUACUGGACGCAGACCUGAAUCCAAAAAUUUCAGACUUCGGUAUGGCAAGGAUAUUCGGAGGUAAUGAACAACAAGCAAGUACUAGAAGAGUUGUUGGGACACUGUAAGUAGAUGAGUUUGCAGUUUGAUUACAUUAAACAUUGAUAUAUUCCUUCAAUCUCAGAUAGAUGCUUUCAAAUAACUAAUAUAUGCCCCCUGAGUAUGUCAUGGACGGCCGAUUUUCAGAAAAGUCUGAUGUUUUUAGUUUUGGAGUAUUGCUACUCGAGGUUGUGAGUGGAAGAA